AUGUACUUUAUCAAGAUGAGAUUACCACCAUGCUGCAAAGACUAUAAACCCAGGUACGGGAGACGAGGGGCCACGCCACCCCCGGCCCUGAGCGACGUCCGCACCUGCCAGGAGAGGCUGGGGGCCGGGGUUCGGCCGCAUGGGAAGGGGCGGCCCAGCCCCGGCCCCUCGGCGUCCGCCCUGGCCCCGCCGCUGGGGCAGGAACCGGGGCCGGAGGUUUCCGCCCGGCGCCGCCAAGCCCGCCAGGGGCCUAGCUCGGGCUCCCAAGGGCCCGUACGCGGCGGCGGGGGCGCGCAGCCGCCUUCCAGCCCGGCCUGCCGAGCCUCCCCGCGGCGAGCGCGGUGGCGCCCGCACCUGCCCCGCGCCCUGCCGCAGCCCCGGCCAGUCGCUUCACCCACCUGGCGCCCCCGCCGCGCCUCCCGUACGUCACAGCGCGACCCCGUGCCCCUCGGCACCCGCAGCGCGGGAGCGAGAGGACGCCGGGAGACCCUGCUCGGCAGUCGCCGCCGCCGCCGCCCGGUUUGUCGCCAGGCCGCCGACAGCGAACCUGUUGCGCAGCGUGUCACGGCCGCUCGGGCUUCGCGGCGCCGCCUCAGCCCUACAACAACAUGGCGGCCGCGGCCUCCGCAGGAAGCCGGGGGGCGGGGAGGUAGGCGACGGGCCGGGCGGCUGACGGCCCGCCCGCCCGCGGCCGGCACCGACUCCCCCACCGUCGGGAACCCGAAGUUGGCCCGGGCGCGGCUCCUCACCCCCAAGAGUCCCGGGGCACCGAACCCCGCGGGCCUGGUGCCAGAGUUCCGCUCUCCCCUCGGGGAGGCCCCGAAGCCCCGGGACCCGGCAGCCCUUCCUGGAGCAGCGACGGCCCACCUGGCUCCUCCUCCCCGAGUUUGGAUGCCUUUUAUUUCUUCUUCUUACGUAAUUGCUCUGACCAGGACUUCCAAUGUUAUAUUGAGCAAAGAAUGCUUCUCUCAACAUGGAAAAAGCCCAGGAUUGCCCUCAUGGAGAGAGAGGCCACAAAUCCCAGCCUUUCCAGACAUCCCAAAUGAAGUCCCAGAUAUGUGAGUAAGGUCAUCUUAGGCCGUCCAACCCCAGCUGACUGCAGCCACAAAAGUAACCCGGGCAAGACCAGCCCAGCCAACCCAUGGUAUUGUGAGAAAUAAUAAACUUUUGUAAGCCACUGUU